UCUGUCAAAGUUAUUUAACUGGAAGUGGAAAACCGCAGAAUUUAUUUAGCUCCAUUGCCGGAAAUUGAAGUUGUGAUGUAUAAAUGUGGACACUUCAAACGCCUCUAUCUCUUCAACCGUACCUUCUUCCCUUAAACUUUUUACACCAAAAAAAUCCCUUCCCUUCUUGUUAUUCAUAUCGCCCCAUCUCUAUCGCCUUUUGCCACUCUACAACUAACACCAACAUUGUCACCAAACCCACAAAUUUUUGCAAUAAUUAUAACGAUUCUAUUCAAUCUUUAUGCAAAAAAGGACAGCUUAAAGAAGCCAUUCAACUCCUUUUCCAAGAACCCAAUCCCGCUCAACGUACUUACGAGUUGCUCAUCCUCUCUUGCUCAAAGAAGCGCUCUCUCUCUGAUGCUUUAACUGUUCAAAGUAAACUUAUUGAUGAUGGGUUCGAACAAGAUUCAUUUUUGGCUACUAAACUUAUGAUUAUGUUCUCCGAAUUGGAUUCUAUUGAUCGUGUCCGCCAGGUGUUUGAUAAAAUGUCCAACCGAACUAUCUUCGUUUGGAACGCGUUUUUUCGGGCGUUGACAUUAGCUGGCCAUGGUGUAGAGGUUUUGGAGUUUUAUAGAGAGAUGAAUCGCGUUGGAAUGGUGUCGGAUAGGUUCACGUAUACGUACGUGUUGAAAGCUUGUGUUGCUUGUGAAUCAUCGGUUUCAUUGCUCGAGAAGGGGAAGGAAAUUCACGGGCACUUAUUGAGACAUGGUUAUGAGAGUUAUGUACAUAUUAUGACGACGUUAAUUGAUGUGUAUGCGAGGUUUGGUUGCGUAGGCAAUGCGAGUAGUGUGUUCUCUGAGAUGCCGGAGAAAAAUUUGGUUUCUUGGAGUGCAAUGAUUGGCUGUUAUGCGAAGAACGGAAAAACUCUUGACGCGUUGGAGGUUUUUCGUGAGAUGAUGAACUAUGAUUUGUUGCCGAAUUCAGUGACGAUGGUUAGUGUUAUUCGAGCUUGUGCUGCACUGGCUGCAUUAGAGCAAGGGAAGAUAUUACACGGAUAUAUACUUAGAAAAGGGCUCGACUCUAUUUUGCCCGUUUUGAGUUCCCUUGUGACGAUGUAUGCAAGGUGUGGUGCUCUAGAAUUAGGACGAAGAGUUUUUGAUCUCAUGGACAAGAGGGAUGUUGUUGCAUGGAAUUCCAUGAUUUCAAGCUAUGGUAUACAUGGAUUUGGGGCCAAAGCAAUUGAAACUUUUAGAGAAAUGAUUCAACAUGGAGUGUCACCAAGUCCAAUAUCAUUCGUAAGUGUGUUGGGAGCUUGCAGUCAUGCAGGGCUUGUUGCGAAGGGCAAACAAUUGUUUGAUUCAAUGUCGAAAGAACAUAAGAUGUACCCUAGUGUGGAGCACUAUGCUUGCAUGGUUGAUCUUCUUGGAAGAGCCAAUCAGUUAGAAGAAGCAGCUAUAAUCAUACAAGAUAUGUGCAUUGAACCAGGACCCAAAGUUUGGGGUUCUCUUCUUGGAUCAUGUAGGAUUCAUUGUAAUGUUGAACUUGCAGAGAGGGCAAGCAGAAGGUUGUUCGAGCUUGAACCCACAAAUGCUGGGAAUUAUGUACUUUUGGCUGAUAUCUAUGCAGAAGCUAGGAUGUGGGAUGAGGUAAAACAAGUAAGGAAGCUUUUGGAAGCCAAAGGAUUGCGCAAAGUGUCUGGUUGCAGCUGGAUUGAAGUAAAGAGGAAAGUCUACUCUAUCCAGUCAGUUGACGAAAUUAACAUGCACGUUGAGCAAAGUCAUGCAUUGUUGCUAAAACUAUCUACGGAAAUGAAACAGAAUGGGUAUGUGCCGGACACAAGAAUCGUGCUGUAUGAUCUUGAAGAAGAGGAGAAAGAACGUAUUUUGUUAGGUCACAGUGAGAAAUUAGCAGUUGCCUUUGGGUUGAUAAAUAGCAGUAAAGGAGAGACUAUAAGGAUUAGUAAGAACUUGAGGUUAUGUGAAGACUGUCACUCCUUCACGAAGCUCAUUUCAAAAUAUACAAAUAGAGAAAUUCUAGUCAGAGACAUCAACCGAUUUCACCAUUUCAAGGAUGGGGUUUGUUCAUGUGGAGAUUAUUGGUAAACGUGUCACUUGUUCAUGUUAUUUUUUCUCUUUAGUCUAACAAAGGCACCCUCCUUUGGAUUUCUUGGUGGAGAUUAGAAAGUUUUGCACAUUUACAGUUUAAAAACAACGUUACAAGUGAUAAACGUUCCUGGUGAUAUCUUUAUGACAUAAAGUGGAGUGGGAUGAUGGAACUGAUGCUCAGUAUGAGAAGUUUCUCUAUAUCUAGUCAUUCUUCCUUUCUUAUAUGAACGUCAUGACAUAAGAUGUGGCGCACAUACUGCUAUAUCUUUUUUUCUUCUUCCUUUUCUUAAGGUAAAGGUGGUAUUAUCAUGGCUGUAUCAUACUCAAUCCCCUGUAAACUUUCAUAAACAUCCAUUAUAGAGAUUAGUUGCAAUAAGAGUGCUGAUACAGCUUUUAAGAUUG